AUGAGACCAGCGCGGCGCCCUACGGCCGGUGACGGCGGCAGCAGCGUGGCCCGCUGUCUCCGGUUCUGCGGCGCUCGGCUCUGUUCACACGCCGGACUCUGCGGUCUGGUGGUGGCCUAUUCAGUGGCGGGAGCCGUCCUCUUCGAGAGGCUGGAGCGCUCCUCCCUCUCCGCCGGCCGCGAGCGGCGUGAGGACGACCAGUUGCAGACCUCUGCACCAAGCACCGACGGCCUGCGCACCGCCUGUCUGGACGACCUCUGGAACAUCACUGUGAGUGCGCCGCUGCUCCGUCGGAGAAACUGGACCCAGCUGGCCGGCCGGCGGCUCCGGCAGCUGGAGGAGGGCUUUCUGAGCCUGACGGUGGGGCGGCCCGCCCCCGCCGCCGCCCCCGCCCAGCCGCCGCGCCGGCCGCCCUGGUCCUUCUGCUCGGCGCUGCUCUACUGCGUCACGGUCAUCACCACAAUCGGGUACGGCCACCUGGCGCCCCAGACCGACGCCGGUCGGCUGGCCACCGUGGUGUACGCCCUCCUCGGAGUACCCCUGAUGCUCUUCUGCCUGACUUUGAGCGGACACCGGAUGGCGGACUCCGUGAGACGCUCCUACCAGCGCUGCGUGCCGGCGCCGCCCGCGGAGAGAGACCCGGACCAGCGGCCUGCCUGCGGGCCGUCCCAGUGCUGCCGCCGCGGAGUAGCUGCGGUGGAGGGCCGUGAGACCCAGGUGCUUGUGUGGAGGCCAUCUGGGACAACUGAAGUGAGCCCUCGGGGUGCGACGGAAACGGCAGUGGGAUAUCGGACGACAAAGCGAAGCUCGCGGACGCCGGAGGGAGGGGCUGCUGAAGGAGUGACGUUUGCGAAACGGGCGGAUGGACGGAUGGUGUCGCGUGAAGGUGCGGUAACUGGUGUGGCGGUUGGUGGUGCUGAGACGAUCACCAGUGGAGUUGGUGAUGAUAAUAUGGGCAUGAGUCAUGACCGCGAUACGGUGUGGGUGGAACCAACUGAUGGUUCUAGUGAGAGGACAGAAGGUGUCAGGAAAUCCGGCGCUGGAGUUGUGACGAGUGCAGCGGGUGUCGGCUCUGUAGCCGCGAGCAGAGCCGCGCAUCCAUCCAUGCAGCUCAGCGUGAGUUUCUUAGAGCGAGUGCCUUCCAUUGCCGAGGAACCCCUGCCGGAGCCGUCUGAGGAGCAGACUGGCGGUGUGCCGGGCUCGGGCCCGUCGGACGCAGAUAGCUCUGCCGUGAGCGAGGACAGCCAACUCACGGCCGAGCCAGUGAAGACCGACACGCUGUCACCAUCUCCGAGAGAACCUCCAGAGAGCAGCGCCGUGACGACAACCACCGGAAAUCACGUCACGUUCGUCACGCCCGGCUCGCGGAGACGAGCGGCGCGACCGGCGCCUCCGCUGCGCCAGAGCAGUCUGCUCAGCUGCGCAAAGACGCGCCCGCCCGCCGCGCAGUGUCCGGGGGUCAGUCACAUCGACACGACCUCCUGGCCGCGACCGUGCGAGGCACCACUGCUGGCUACGGUUGGCGGCAGCUCGCUAACCCUGCCGGCAGUCCGGCAGCGGUUCGGAGAGACUGGAGACCAGGGUUUGUCUGUGAUGCAGCGGCCAUCGACGUCGGCUGCGAUCGUGACGGUCCCGGCACCGCUCUCUGCUUCCUCCAGCGGAGACUCUGGUGUCUGUUCCGUCUCUACCCAGCGGCUGGUGCCACAGCCUCGGUCGGCGGCUCCUGCAGCUACCGGAGUCUCUGCGGGCGUCGAUCAGCGCCCCGACAUCGCCUGCGACUGUGAUUGUGUUGACUGCAGCGGCCAGAGGACUGCACCCAGUUCCCCGCCAGCCCCGGUGUCCGUACCGGCUGUAUUGGUACUAGUGUUAGCGGUGGGUUACCUCUGCCUCGGCGCAGCCGCUCUUGUCUGGUGGGAGGACUGGCGCUUCGCCGACGGAAUCUUCUUCUGCUGCGUCACGCUGCUGACGAUCGGGUUCGGCCGCCGGCCGCCGGGCGCGCUGUCGCCCCACCCCGAGCCGUUGCUGCUGUUCUGCUGUCUGUACCUGACGCUCGGACUGGCCGUGGUGGCCAUGUGCUUCAGCCUGGUGCAGCACCAGCUGGUGGGCCGCUGUCGGAGACUGGGGGACUGCCUGAGGUUGGCAGUGCGCGGACGGCGGCAGCAGCGUGCCAGACACAGACGAGGUGUCUAGGGAAGCGCCCAGUGGCGGCUGGGGGAGGGGGGGAGAGAGUGGCAUCAGCCCGGCAGUGCAGCACAUGGUGAGAAAAAAAGUGAGAAAAAUAAUGUUACGAUACGGGGAAUGGUGUUAAUCGUAGUCCAGAUAGCGCGCGGGAGUGUUGCUCGAAAAUAUUUGCGUGCGGGAGUGUGGCAACUACUGGUGAUUGUCUGACAAUUUUGGGACGGUUUGCGCCACACAAACACUAGUCCCUAUUCGCCCUUGCUCUCGGAGAGACAACUGGCGGCAUCCAUUGUGGAAACUGAAGGCCUCUGUAACUGCCUGACCUUGGGCCACCGGAUCAGCAUUGCUCACUGGAGUCUCCGUGGAACUCUGUGCAGGUAGCGGAGCUAAGAGUCGACGUGUGUUGUGUGUGCGUUUGUCCACAUAAGAACAUUUUUUCAUCUGUGAAACCAUGUGCCGACCCGACCAUAAAUCUUGUAAUGCUAAGAAUUCAAUCUUCGAUGAAUAUAGGAAGCAUGAUUUUGCGACAUUUUUCGAUAUGUGCGUGAAUUUAACUGUGACGUUAAUCAAGUGUCAGUAGUUAGUUCAACGGAAAUUUAAUCAGCAUGCUUCGUUCCAAACCAUCUCAUAAUUCGUUUUGACUUGAAUUACCACCGCACCCGCUUUCAUUCCCAUCUCGAAAUUGCUCAUAAUGUGUCCAAAUGUGUGUAAGGUCAUCGACAUUUGAUAGCACGUCACAUGGAAGACGACAGCGUCUCAAUGUUAUGGCCCAUUCUGUAACAGCGCAGUGUUCUGUGUUAUAUGUAUCUCGCGUCAUUUAUGUAAGGGCUACGCUCCUCAUAGUUUGUGUCUUUAUUCUAAGGCUGGAAUGAUUUGUCGUCAGGGAAAUCACAAACUCGAAUGAAUACAUGCUAUUGUGUAAUUGU